AUGUCAAGACCACGCCAUUUAACAGGGAACAGAGCUGAGCCGUUGAAGGCGAUCGUAGAGGGAAGGCGCAUCUACGUUGGAAACCUGCCCUACCGAGCAAAAGAAGAGGAUGUGACAGCUUUCUUCCACCAAGAGGGGAAUACCCUGGGCCUCGCAGCAAUCGAUAUCUCCAUUGACCCAUUCAAUGGGCGGAACCCAUCAUAUUGCUUCGUGGAGUUUGACGAAAAAGCGCAAGCAGACCGAGCGAUGCAGGAACUCAACGGGCGAAUGUUCAUGGGCCGCCCGCUGAAAAUCAAGCCUUGCGUGCCCAAGAUCGACCGACUAAACCGGGAGGGCAAAUCUGGCUAUGUGUUUGAUCGCUGGGAACGAAAAGAUGCUCCAUCUCAUUACAGAGGGUACUCUGGUCAAUGGCGCCGUCUACAUGUCAAUGGACUUCCCAAGCCUUCAACACAGUAUGAGAUGAACCAGGAACUUCGCGAGUUCUUCAAAGGCUUUGCCGUCGAAGCUAUAAUCAAGACUAUUUGCCCGCACUACUUGGGUUACCGUGCUCCGGGCACUACGCACUGCGCUCUGGUUGAUUUCCCCACUGCUGAAGAGGCGGCGAAGGCGAUAGGGAAAUUGAACGGUGCUGUUGGGCCCUGGGGAAGUGUUUUGACGCGCAGCAUGGCCAAGAGAGAUUGGGACGCGAACCCGGAGCCUCGUCGCAAGCCACCCCUGGGAAAACUAGAAGGUUGA